UUACCUUGUCAUAUUAUAACACCGAAAUACGUCGUUAACACAGUUUUACAUACUUUCUUUGGUUCAAGGAUAGUAAGACAAUGAUAUCUUCUAUUUUGUUAAUCGUAGUUUUGGCAACUCUUGUAGUAGAUCUUGAGUGUGGGACUAAUUUCAUGAAACCAGUAUUCAAUGCAAUGACAACAUAUUUAUGGGCAAAAGACAUAUACAGCAAUGAAACAGUAACCGAUGAAAGUACUGUCAUGUACAAUGGGGAAGUAUGUCAGAUUGUAAAUUUAAAUCUGCUGAUGAGACAUGUUGCCAGGUAUCCAUCACUUUACUGGAUACGAAGGAUGGAAAAUUUGCAUAAUAUGAUCAAGAGUGACCCGGAUGUAGUUAAGAAACACAGAUUCUUGAAGACAUGGAUAAUCCCGUUUGCAGAAGAACAUGCAUAUUCCAUGUCCGCACUAGGAACCGAAGAAGCGACAGCUCUAGGCAGAACAUUCGGAAAAAAAUUCAAACAGUUAUUUGAAGGGAAAACUAACCUAAUAGAUUAUACCAUAACAAGCAAGGAAGUUACUCGGCAAAGUUUUGUUGCGUUCUACAAAAGUUUGAAUGAAACGUUACUAGCUGAUGCAUCUAGACCAAAUCCAGCGGUGGACGAUUCAAGACUCCGUUUUUAUUCAAAAUGUAAGAAAUAUAGAACGUACAGCGAUAAAUCAAAUGUAGAAUAUGAUUUAUUUGUUGGUGGAAUACAGAUGAAAACAGUUGUUGAUAAGAUAAAGACACUACUCGGGAUGGCAAACUUAAACGCAGAACAAGUCAUCACCAUGCAUCAGAUUUGUGCCUUUGAACUUGGAAUGUUUAACAAAUCAGACUGGUGCAGCUUUUUCACUUUGGAUGAUCUUAACGUGUUAGACUACCUAUUUGAUUUAUCGCACUACUGGCAGAGAGGUUUUGGUUACGCAAUAAACUGGCAAAUGACCUGUCCUUUUACUAGUCACAUGUUCAAACGAUUUGAUGACACCAUCGCAAAUCAAAAUGAGACUACAGUAGCUGAUAUCCAAUUUGCGCAUUCUUACACACUUCUCCCUGUUUAUACAGCAUUUGGAUUAUUCAAAGACUCUAAUAAACUUUUAGCUAACAAUUAUGAAGCAAACAAAAGUCGCCGAUUUCGGGUUAGCAGGACAUGUCCAUUCUCAGCAAAUUUAGGUACUGGCCUUUACAAGUGUGAAGUUAGCGGGAAUUUUGUCGUAAAAAUGUUUGUGAAUGAAGACGCAGUUGACAUUCCUGCAUGUGGCAGUAAAGUGUGCCUUUAUCAGGAGUUCAAACAGGCCUAUAAAUUUCUCGAUGAUUGUAACUUUGAAAAGAUUUGUAGAACACAAUAAAAGUUUUCUUGAAUA